AUGGAACAGCUACCUGAAGAGCUAAUCAGUCACAUUUUCAAGUUCCUGUCCGUACCAGAGAGGAAAGAGGCAUCUUUAGUCAGCAAAAGUUGGUACAGCGCCUCCCUGCAUCCAAAGCUGCAGAAGGAUUUGAUUGUGAGAUGCAAACCGGGGGAGAAGGAUUAUCUUCUGCAGUUGAAUUUAUUCAGACGCAAACUGACCCACUUGGAGUUUGGCAGUGGCAGCAGUCAAAAGAUUUCAGAGAAAGCUCUGGUUUCUUUACUGAAAGAAUGUACCAGUUUGGAACUCCUUGACUUGUCCGGGUGCAACAGCCUGUUCAUAUCUGGCCGUCUGUUGUCUAAAGACAGCGAUGUGAAAAUCUUGAGAGAAAAUCUGUCCAGAAUUCGUGUGCUGAAACUCAGUCAUCUGAGACAUAUGACAGAUGUCACAUUUGAACGACUGGUGUCGGUGAUGGAAAACCUGGAGCAGAUCUCGUUGUCAGCUGUACAUAUGAUCUUUGGCAAUAACCUGUAUGCAGUCAAUCACUGCAGCCCAGCAAUGCUACAUUUUACAACCUUUCUCAAAUUUGUUUAUGGACGGACAGAUAAACUGAAAUCCAUCGAUCUCAGUUACACAGCUCUCAACGAUGAUGCCUUGGGGGUGUUGGCUAAGAUCAGUAAUUUGUCCUUAGAUGUGGUUUCUCUGAAAGGUUGUUCACAGAUGUCAGACAAAGGGCUGAAGCUACUGGUUGGACAGCAGCAUGCGCUGAAAUGCCUUGAUGUUAGUGAAUGUAAAGGAAUUGGAAAUGACAAAGAUUUGUUUAGAAUCCUGGCCAAUAAUUUACCACAUCUUCACACGCUGAUGAUGAGAAACUGUGCCAAAGUAGGUCAGUGUGAUGUCACAGCUUUGUCUGGGAUUGGGUCUCUGCGCAAUCUAGACAUGGGAGAAGUUUUAAGACUCUUUGACAGAGAUCUCGUCAAAGGUCUGUGCUGUCAAGGUCAACGACUGACAAGUCUGUACAUGCCAUCCUGCCCUGACAUUGGUGACGAGUUCAUCAUUGAACUUUGUAAAAGCAGUACCAAUCUAAUUGACCUUGACCUCAGUUCUUGUAUCAGGCUGACAGAUGCAAGCCUCCAUGCCAUCACCAGAAACCUGACCUCUCUCCAGACCCUUCGCCUCAGCCGAUGCAGAGAACUGUCUGACAUUGGAGUUCUCGGAUACAUCCCAGACAAGGGUAUUGUUCCAAGAUUCACCUUUGAUUUUGAUCAUGAAGGAUGUCCUUGCUGUCGUGAACGAGACAGCACAGUAUUUCGAAAGCCUGGAAACAUCAGAGAUCACCGGUCAUGUGUAGCUAGAGCAUACAUCAGUCUACAGAAUGGAGAACCUAUGUUCAUGCUUUCCAACUUGAAAUCUUUGCUUGUACUUGAUCUGUCCUUCUGUCCUCGCAUCACCAACUUUGGCAUCACUGAAGCUGUGAGAUUCAAAGAUCUACGUUCCCUGGCUGUUAGUGGGUUACCUAAACUCAAUGACAGCGCUGUGACAGCCAUUGCCCAGCACAACCCCAGCCUGGAGGAGGUCAGGAUUACAAGCAACACCAUGGUCACAGAUGUAGGAGUGUAUGAAUUGGUCAGUCAUUGUCUGCAGCUGAAUAUCCUAGAUCUGAACCAGUGCCCUGCACUCACCGAUGUCUGCCUGAAGAUUAUUGCUGCCAGCUGUAAGAAGAUCAGUCGCCUGGAUAUUUCAUUCAAUAACUUGUCCAUGAAGGCAGUUGGAGGCUUGCAGUCACAGCUGCCCAAGACAAAGGUUGUAUUCAAGCCUCACUUUGAUUAG